AUGGAAGAUUCUCAGUCACUCCAUCACUCUCCUCCCGAUAGCUUCAGCAGUCACGCAACAAAUGGCGGAAGCUCCGCCGCAGUCGCCUUUCCCGAUGGCGUCGCCGGCGGAUCGAUUAACGGAGCGAAGUACAGGCUUAUGUCUCCGGCGAAGCUCCCGAUCUCCAGGUCCACUAGUAUUACGAUUCCUCCUGGCCUCAGCCCGACGUCGUUCCUCGAAUCCCCUGUUCUUCUUUCCAACAUUAAGGCAGAGCCUUCUCCAACAACAGGUUCUGUUUUCAAGUCUCAAUUGAUGCAAGGCUCUGGUGGAAGCACAGCAUUGUCGUUGGACAAACAUUGUUCCAGUGGCAAUGCUAUUGACCAAGGAACAUCCAGCAGUUUCGAGUUUAAGUUUCAUUCUGGCUCUAGUUCUGCACUGCGAUUAUCGUCCAUGGGAGUGGCGAUUCCUGCAGGUUUGUACAGGCAGCAGAAUGGACCCCGCAGUCAAGUUCAAGAUCAACUGUUUCCGCAGUCUUCAGUAUCUUCGGCUUUGGUUACAUGUGAGCUUCCAAGCUCAAAAGAUUUGAGAAUAUCUGCACCCACAAGUGUGCCUACUUCAUCAGUUUGUGAUGUUGACGAGUUAAAUCAGGAAGGUCAGUCCAAUUCCUGCAUUCAAGUGUCGUCUACUGAUAAUAAAGAUUGUGUUUCCUUAGUAACGGGCGAGAGAACAUCAGAUGAUGGGUAUAACUGGAGAAAAUAUGGGCAGAAACUUGUUAAAGGAUGUGAAUUUCCUCGAAGUUAUUAUAAAUGUACAUAUCCUAACUGUGAGGUAAGAAAGUUUGUCGAACGUUCUCCUAGUGGAAAGAUAACAAAAAUUGAGUACAAGGGUUCACAUGGUCAUCCAAAUCCUCAACCUGCCCGUCGAUAUAAUCCUGGUGCUCUUAUGUCCAUACAAGAGGACAAAUUGGACAAGGAUUUAUUGUUCAGUAGUCAACAGGAUGAUCCAUUUUCAAAGCGGAGGAAGAAAGAGGAUGAUCUUGAUGUUACACCAGUGGUUAGACCCAUUCGUGACUCACGUGUCAUCGUUCAAACUGUGAGUGAGGUUGAUAUACUGGAUGAUGGAUAUCGUUGGCGUAAGUAUGGGCAGAAAGUGGUCCGAGGAAAUCCAAAUCCCAGGAGUUACUACAAGUGCACAAAUGCUGGAUGUCUAGUCAGGAAGCAUGUUGAAAGGGCAUCCCAUGAUCUCAAAGCAGUUAUAACUACAUAUGAGGGUAAACACAACCACGAUGUCCCGACUGCCAAGAACAGUAGCCAUGAAUUUGCAGGAACCAUGCCAUUUAGUGGUACUUCGAGAAUGAAGCCAGAAGAUAAAGGCUCGCUUAGCCUCAAUCUUGGGGUCGGAAUUAACCAGAAUCAAACUAUUGGGCAGAUGCACAACUGGAAUGCUGAAACUACACGAAGCCAAAUUCCACCUAGUGAUACCAGUAUGAUGAUAGUUCAACCAUCACAAAUCCCUCGCUAUGGUUUUGUAAAUGGAGGGUUGAAUCUGUACAGAAAUAGAGAAAAUCGCGUUGAAGGGCUCGACUUUCAGAGUCAGCCUGUACUAGCUUCUAGCCAAUGUCCACAAAACCUUGGAAGAAUUCUUAUGGGUCCUUAA